GUGAAAUCUAGAUGAAAAGUUCAUACGAACAACUAUCUGAUUCAGUCCCACAGCACUGGAACCACGAGGCUAUACCAAUGUAUACCUAUCAACUGCAUUGCAAUAUCGGGCCAUCCCGUCUGGUACUAAACCUCUCGGUGCAUUGCUACUCUGUUAUCCCAUGGUAGAGCAGCAGUCAGACUGUCCUAAUCACGACAACUAAAAUCGUCGCGCCAUCUUUCUCCGGUAUCUCAAACAAGCAUCUCCAGUAAGAGUCCUCUGUACGCGUGAUUUUAUACUCGCGAUAACAUGUCCAGCAAGACAAGCCUUUGCAAGUAGAACUAGCUGUUUGCGUCGCGAUGCUGGUUAUACAUCAAAGUCCUACGUACUUCCUUUUACUAAUCAUUGCCAGGCUGGUUCCCGCCACCAGGUCGUUGUUACUGCCCGUCUGUCACUCUUCUAGGUGCGAAGCAGCUUGGCGUGCUCGGCUUUCGUCGUGGCGUCCCCUGCGAUGUGUGCUACACCCAAAAGUUCCAUUAGAGCAUAUAUUUCAAGCCCAACACCCUGCUUGUGCGUGUCUCUAACUAUUCUCUUUGGCUUCUUUCGUGGCCAGACUUGAGAUACCUUCGGUAUACGGCAAGCUAUCAAAUGAUCCUUUCAUUGACUUCUCUUUGGUUGUGACAGGGACGGAUUUGGUCAGAAAACCCAGCAGUAUGCCAGUGCCCAUACUGUCAACUGGAUGAGUUCUCAGAUAAUCUUUAAAUUGGAAGUGAUAGCUUAUUUAUUUCUCUCAUGCGAC